AUGAAGUGAAAUAUUAGUUUUCUAAAAUGGCUAGUUUCAAUAAUUCUGAAGAAAUUAUUUAUCAUUAUAAGAUAAUACUAAAUAAAACAAAAAAAAAACUAUUUAGAAAGCUAAACACCUUGGAGCCAAGUGACCAAUUUGCCAAACUAGCAAAUUUUUGUCAAAAGAAUGACAAACAUGAUUAUGCUGCUUUGUGUUGGCAAGCUGUGGCUAAAUGUGAAGAGUCGAUGGAUCACAACUGUGAACAAGCUCUUGCUCAUCAAAAAGCAGCCCGCCAGUUUUUUUCAGAAUUUAAGAAGACUGAAUCAUCUGGUUUAAUAUCUCCUUAUAAUGAAAAUUUACAAGCUGGGCUAAGUGAAAUGAGACAUGCCGAGGAUAGUUGGCAGGGAAACUCAUUUGAAAAUAUUUUGAAAACUUCGAUUCGUCUAGAAACUGCUGAAACUCUUGUAGGUUUAGGUAAAUUGGAUGAUGCAGCUUUUAUUGGAAGUAGUUUGAUUGAUGUGCCACAUGAAUGUCAUACACUUAAAUUGGCUAUUCUUGAACAAAUAACUUCCAUUCAAAUUCUUUCUGAAGAUUAUGAAGGUGCUCUGUUAACAUUCACAGAAAUCGCAAAUACUAUUUCUUGCAUAGAUAAUGAUACAGUUGGUAUUUAUAAUGAUAUUUUAUUCAGAUGUGAAAUAUCACGAGUGUUCUUACUGCUUAUACUGAAACCUACUCGUCAAAAAAUGCCAAGUGAUUUAGCUUCAGUAUUGGAGAAAUACAUGUGGAUUAAUGGAAACUUUGAUUCUCCAGUUCCUUAUAUAUCAGAUAUAAUGUUCCGUCUUCUUCGUUCAUUGGUAAAAGCAUAUCAGCUCGGUGAAACUACCUGUUUAGGUACAAUUGAAUCUGAUUUCACUCCACAUCUAACAUCAGAACAAAGACAUUUAUUGGCAGUAUUAAUCAAUACACUGACAUAGCUUCACUUUUUAUACUAUCUAAUUAUAUUUAUUAUUAAAAAUUUUUAAAAUCAAUAUUAAUUUGUUAUGAUAUAAAUUAUAUAUAUAAUUUGAAGUGUUUUAUACUAAUUUUUGUAUAUUAAAAAUUGUUAUUGUGUUGUAAGUGUUAUACAUAAAUUGUUAAAAUUUUAAAUUUAAAACAAAUACAUUAUAUAAUAAAAUUAAGUUAAUUUUGAAAACUAUACUAACUACUAUAAAAUAAUUAAAUAUUUUUGAACAAAGUUAAUUUAAAGAUGUCCGAGAGUUAAAUUAAAAUGUUAUAUUAAAUAUAUCUAUAGUGUAGACUGCAGUGGCGCCGAUCACCUAAUUUAUCUAUGACAUAUUAUGUCAUAGUAGAUUUUAUAGCUGGGGGGCCCACCAAGGAUUACUAAAAAUACAAUUAAAUAUUUGUUCGGCUAAAAAAUGAAAAAUAAAUGGUUUUACACUAAAUAUGUGAAUAGUUUGUUUCACAUUUAAUUGUUACAUUGAAAAAAAAUGGGGGCCCAAGCUCUAGAGGGGCCGGGGCCCCUGAAUGUACGAUGUCGUCGAUGUCAUAGUAUUUUUUAAACAAUGGCGCUACUGGUAGACUAUAGGCUAUAAAUUAAUAUGUUUUUUAUACAAAUUGAUAUACCAUUAUCCAUUAUACUUAUCUUGUAUUCUGCAUCAUCAACUUAAUUCAGUGGAUCAAAUUACAGAAGAGUAAUGAUAUAUACCAUAAAUAGUAUGGUAUAGUCAUAAUCAGGGCCAAGCAAGCUAAGCCAGCAUCUUAGUCUUUACAAUAAAAUUAUUUAUAUUUAAAAUAUAAUAAUACAUUUUCUGAAUAUUUUAUACCAUGUUUACUCAAAAUUUGUCCAUAAUUUUCUAGUUAAGAAAUAAUUUGAUUUUUGUAGUAUUAUAGCAUACUUAAUAUAAUUAUAUGUUUUUAUGCUGUUUUUAUACACCAAAUAGCUCGAAACUGUUAUUAUAUUACCUAUUUAUAGUUUGAUAGAAUUAAUUUUAUUGGAAAAAUUGUUUUAAUUUAGUACUGUCAAUUUGUAUGAAAACAAGACAUAACAUAUUUCGCUAAGUGUUUCACAAAUCAUAGCAUUUGCACUCCCUGUAUACCUUACUUUACUCUCAAUAACUUAAAAUCAAAUGCUUAUUAAUAAAGACUCUUAAUUUAAUGUUUAUACAUACAAAUAUAGAGGUUUUUAUUUCAAAAUCAAUUAUUAGUUAUGUGUUUACUUACAAAUAUUGAAGUAUAAGAGUGAAAGCAACAAAAGAUAAUAUUAAAUAUUAUGGUUGUAUGUAUUUUAAGUAUAUCAUAAUAAAUCUUCUAAAAUUAUUUGAUUUGGUAUUAUACUGCAUGAAACAUGAUGAAUUACAUUGUAAUUAGGCCUUACAAGAAGUAAUAACUUCAUAUAAUAUGAAUUUAAAUUGUUUUUAAUUGCUUACUUUUAGUUAGUGCUGAAAUUUCAUUCAUUUAUAUAUCGUACCAUUCAGUAAAUCCAAUAUUAAACAACCAAGUAAAUAAUUUAUGUAAUAUUUAAUAGUUGUAAUUUACAAAUAAAUGUAUAUAAUUUA